GAUCGUCCACAAUACUGUUCACAACACAAGGGACUCGCUCAAUCGCACGACUAUUCUGUUCAUUGUUCUGCUUGACUUAAACCAGGUCGGGAGCACACACAAUCACUCCACUGCUAUUAAGAAGACCAGUGCUUGUCUUGAGACAACUCCUAGUAUCAGACAGAUCAGCUAGAGGUGCCUUAAGGUCCGACAAGUUGGACAAUCAUAACAACAUUGCCAAGCAACCCAACAUCCAGAAUAAAAAGUUUCCCACUCGAUUCGUUGAAUCGGUUCAUCAAGAUGCCAGGAAUUUGCCCCAGAUGCUCGAAAAAUGUCUACUUUGCGGAAGAGAAACAAGCCAUUGGCAAGAGUUGGCACAAACUCUGCUUCGUUUGUGGAAAAUGUCGAAAGAUGCUCGAUUCAGGCCGGAUCACGGAACAUGAUGGAGAUAUGUUUUGUAGUUCUUGUUAUCGUAAGAACUUCGGUCCCAAAGGCUACGGAUUUGGUGUUGGUGCCGGAUCUCUCAGCAUGGAUGAUGGAAAAGGAUAUCAGACUAAUCUGAACAAAGUGGAUCAUCAAGCAGAGGCCUACGUUGCUCCUCGAAAAACUUUGGCCGAGACUAGUAACAUUACCAAUAACGAUACCUCUGCGCCUACGUAUGGUAAAGACUCGGUGAAGAAAGUCGCAGCUCCAAGUUCAUCAAUCAGGCCACGAUGGGGUGGGGCCGAGAUUUGCCCAAGGUGCAAUAAAUCGGUCUUCAUUGCGGAAUUGAUGAGAGGAUCAGGCAAGGCGUGGCAUAAAUCUUGUUUCACAUGCAAUGCCAACGAAUGCAACAAGAGGCUGGACUCGUCCAUUUUGUGUGAACGUGAAGGCGAAAUCUACUGCAGAGCCUGCUAUGGAAGGAACUUUGGACCAAAAGGUUUCGGUUAUGGUAUUGGAGGCGGUACCCUUCAAAUGACCUCUUAGGUCCUUCAGUCCCUUGCCUCGUAGUGUACAUCACGAUAGAUUGAUUGACAUCUCAGUCUGGAGAAUCUGCGAAUGCAUUCAAUCACACCUAGCCUACAUCCAAUAAAGUAGAGAGAAGACCAUAUCGAGUCACGACUUCCCGAUGGUACAAAGCUAUCCACAUAUUUUGGCCAGUACAUUCAUUUCAACCAUGAUUUUUCUUCACUUUCGCUUUUGCAUGAUCCUUGUUGGAAGGAAAUAUUGCCCAACAGAUUGUACAUAAAUAUCACACAAGAAUUUUUCAUUCUCUACUUUAUACUAUAAAUAUAUAUUUGCUAUUUAGUCCGGGUUUUACCCCAUUAUUUCAGAAUAUACCCUAAAUUCAAAAGUGCAUGCCAUUCGAAAUAUACAUAUUGGUUCUCUUGCAUUAAUUACCAUCCCCGA